AUGCAUACAGUUUUUCGAAUUGGUGAAAUUCGACAAUUUGACAAGGAAAGUCCACUUUAUCAAGUGGACCUCAAACUUACGUCGGAUGAUGACCAACAACUGCGUCAAUUAACCGAUCGUAUACGAGAAGAAUCUUCAGGUAGCACUGGAUGGUAUCGAAUGGGUAAAUUGCUGCUCAAAAUUGGUCAGUUCAACAAGGCCGAAGAAUUGUACAUGGCACUACUAGAACAGGCUUCUAACGACAGUGAUAGAGCAUAUAUCUAUCACCAGCUUGGAUGGUUGAAAAACAACCAAGGACAAUACAAAGCAGCAGCUUUAUUUUACGAAAGAUCCCUCGAAAUCUAUCGAAAAACUCUUCCAGAAGAUCAUCCUUCAUUCGCUACUUCCUACAGCAACAUCGGUCAAGUAUAUAACAACAUGAGUGACUACUCGAAAGCACUUGAAUUUUACGAAAAAGCACUUAAAAUAAGAGAAAAAGCUCUGCCUUCGAAUCAUCUCUCCUUGGCUACUUCCUACAUUUGGAUCGGUCAAGUGUAUAACAACGUGGGUGACUACUCAAAAGCACUUGAAUUUUACGAAAAAGCACAUAAAAUCUUCGAAAAAGCUCUGCUUCCAAAUCAUCCCUCAUUGGCUACUUCCUACAAUAACAUCGGUCAAGUGUAUGACAACAUGGGCGACUACUCGAAAGCACUUGAAUUUUACGAAAAAUCACAUCAAAUCUUCGAAAAUGCCCUGCCUCCGAAUCAUCCUGAUUUGGCUACUUCCUACAACAACAUCGGUAGAGUGUAUAACAACAUGGGUGACUACUCGAAAGCACUUGAAUUUUACGAAAAAGCACACAAAAUCCUCGAAAAAGCUCUGCCUCCGAAUCAUUCCGAUUUGGCUACUACCUACAACAACAUCGGUCAAGGGUAUAACAACACGGGUGACUACUCGAAAGCACUUGAAUUUUACGAAAAAUCACAUAAAAUCUACAAAAAAGCUCUGUCUUCGAAUCAUCUCGAGUUGGCUAUUUCCUACAACAAUAUCGGUCUCGUGUAUAACAACAUUGGUGACUACUCGAAAGCACUUGAAUUUUACGAAAAAUCACUUAAAAUUAGAGAACAAGCUCUGCCUCUGAAUCAUCCUCAUUUGGCUAUUUCCUAUAACAACAUCGGUCAAGUGUAUAACAACAUUGGUGACUACUCGAAAGCACUUGAAUUUUACGAAAAAUCACAUAAAAUCUACGAAAAAGCUCUGCCUUCGAAUCAUCCGGAUUUGGCUAUAUCCUACAACGGCAUCGGUCAAGUGUAUAACAACAUAGGUGAUUACUCGAAAGCACUUGAAUUUUACGAAAAAUCACUUAAAAUAAGAAAAAAAGCUCUGCCUCCGAAUCAUCCCGAUUUGGCUAGUUCCUACAACAACAUCGGUCUAGUGUAUAACAACAUGGGUGACUACUCGAAAGCACUUGAAUUCUACGAAAAAUCGCAUAAAAUAAAAGAAAAAGCUCCGCCUCCGAAUCAUCCCUCAUUGGCUAUUUCCUACAACAACAUCGGCUCGGUGUAUCAUGACCUAGGUAAUUACGCAGCAGCUCUUAGGGCUCUUCAAAGUGCUUUUCAAAUUCAACAACAAGCAUUUCAAGUAGGUAAUCCAGCUUUUGCUUUAACAUAUAGUUGGCUCGGAAGAGUUUAUCGCAGUAUGAAAGAUUAUUCAAAAGCACUUGAUAAUUUUGAGAAGUGUCUCGCAAUAGUUCGAAAAACAUUACCUGAAAGACAUCCCAACCGAGCUAUUACAUAUAGUAAUAUUGGUGAUGUUCAUCGAUUAAUAGGUAAUUAUGAAAAGGCACUUGCAUUUCAUCAAAAAGCAUUAGAUAUUCAAGAAAAUGUUCAAUGUAAUCCUCUGGAAUGUGCAACGACAUAUAUAAAUUUAGGUGAAACUUAUCGUGAAAUGAAAGAUUAUUCAACUGCAUUGACAUAUUUUCAAAAAGGAUUAGAAAUACGUCAAAAGAAAUUACCAAAAAAUCAUCCUGAUUUAGCUAUAAUUUUUCAUAAUAUGGCAAAACUAUAUUUAGCUGCCCAACAAUGUAGUAUGGCAAUGGAAAAUGUCCAACAAGCGGUAGACAUCGCUCAGAAGAAAUUGCCUCCAAAUCAUCCUCAUCUGUUGAACUAUAGACAAACAUUUAAAGAAGUGCAAAAGAAGAUGUAA